AUGGUUAUUAGUAUAUCAUUACAAAACAAUGUUGGUAAAGUAACAAGUGCAAUGUUACCAGAUAGUUUUACACUGGAUGAAUUUACAAAAAUGUUAUCAGAAAAAUUGGGUGAUAUUGAAGGACAUCGCUUUGUUAUGGAUGGUAAACAAUUACGUUUGAAUGAUGAACAAACAUUUAAUCAACAAAAAGAACAAAUAACAAAUGGAAAAGUUAUUUUUGUUCUUGAUCGUCUACCUGGUGGCACAGAUACCGUAGUUAAUGAACCAUACAUUUCAAAAUCAAUUGAUUUAAUAAUGAGUGCAUUACCAUUCGAAUUAUUGAGUAUGUUUAAAACUGAUGGAAUAUGCACGGCAUGUCGGGAUAAUACUCAGUGUUUAACAUUAUGCUGUACUCAAGUAUGUGAAGAUUGUUUUCCAAAAUAUUUUAAAUCGAAGCAUUUUAAAUUAAAGUGUAUGAAUCCAACAUGCACAAAGACUUUGAAUAGUCAAGACUAUUUUCGUACUCAAAAGUUUCAAAAUUUAAUGUCCGAUUUCGAAGGUAAACAACAGCUCAUUCAAAAUAUCGACUGUCAAAUCUGUCGAUGUGGUGCGUUAAUGAUAAAUGAUAAAAUGUAUUCUCAACAAGAAUGUCAAAAGUGUAAAAGGCGCUUGUGUUUUUUUUGUAACAAAGACUGGGAUGAAAGUAAAAUGAAAAAUAUGCUCUAUACAUGCAAAAAUAACUGUGAUUAUGAAGCAAAAAUUACGUAUGAAUUAGUGCCGAUGAAGGAUAGUAAUCCACCAAUGCAAAUACCUAAUCGUCGAUGUUGUCCAAAAUGUUUCAAUACGGGCGCCUAUGGAGGAGUGUGCAAAUAUCACAAAUGCACUAGCUGCGGAUAUGAUUUCUGUUUUAUUUGUUUAGAAUCGAAAGAAGACUGCAAUAAAAAGUUUGCAAAACCCUAUGGUUCGUGUCAAGGGCUCAAAGAAGCUGGCUACAAUAUCUUUCCAAAAAUUAAUGAUUCGUAA